AUGUACAUAUUCUACGUUUGACAUGUUGUACGCAAGCAUAAUAUUUGAAAUGGCGAAUAACUUGGGCAAAUUUCCCCAUAUCGCAAUAUUAAUAAUAAUAACCAUUUUCACCUUAGUUUCUGGAAAUAUUAACCUUGUCGACCAAGAAGUAACUUGGAUUCUUAAUUUGCAACGACCAUCAGGGUGCAUACCACAAAAUGUUCGAAAUCCCCAGCAAAUUGUGAACAUUUUACCAUACGUUACGAACUUGGCACUAAAAAAUGUGCUACGAGUAAACACCUCUGGCCCAACUUUGGCCAAGGUUAAAAAGUACCUUGAAUGGUAUAUCGCCAAUCUGAAUGCGGACGGGACCAUUUAUGACCAUCACCUUGACACGAGCGACACCGUGGUUUCAAAUUUGACUGCAGAUUCAACCGACUCGUACGCCGCCACGUAUCUCUCCCUUGUGAAAAGCUAUUUGGACGCCAGUGGGGACAGGGGCUGGGUGUCAGGACAGUUGCAACAACUAAAAAAAAUAGCCAAUGCAAUCUGGAUUACGUAUAAUGAGACUCUCCGUCUUACUUAUGCGAAACCAAAUUACAAAGAGUAUUACCUCAUGGACAAUGUAGAAGUGUGGAAAGGCCUGGAAGACUACGGGAUUAUGUUGGCUGACUUGGAUAACCCCGAUUCGGAACAUUACCAUUAUAGGGCUGAGCUCAUAAGGAAUGGCAUUUACUACAACUUGUGGAAUGCAAAACGAAAUGAAUACCAAGCUGCAUAUUACAAAGAUGCAAAACCUAUCUACUGGAACCAAUUUUAUGCGAAUACAACAUCGAACAUGUGGCCCAUGGUGUUUAAACUGCCAGAUGCAAUGUUGGGGGAUAAACGAGCCGCUGUCUACAAUAAAUUUAAAGCAAAUUGGUUAAGUCGCUGGACAACUCUUAAAGCGGACGAUUUUCCAUGGGUAGCAUUGUGGGAAAUUGUUAAGCUUAACGAGUCGCGGGACGAAUCGUCAAAGAUUUUGAAUGACUUUAAAAGAAAUGUUUUCGCCAAUUAUUAUCCAAAUCGGCAGCACACAUGGCAUAUCGGGGAGAGUGCUUCAUUUGCAGUUCUAUUGGCUGAGCAGUUUUAAAAUGUCAUGUAAAUUCAAACCAAAUUAACCACUUCACCCCUGAGAGACGAAUAUUUUCAUACCUUUCACCCCUAGUAACGGCGAAUUUUAUCUUCCCUUGACCCCGAAAUUUUCACCUACUGCAUGACGUUAAUUACUGGGAGAUGAAUUG